AUGGCGGGGCGGCGGCGGGCGCUGCCGCGGCUGCUGCUGCGCUGCCUCCUGCUGGGGCUGCUGGGCGGCGGCGGCGGGGGCCAGCCCGGCGGCGGCGAGUACUGCCACGGCUGGGUGGACGGGCAGGGGGGCUACCACGAGGGCUUCCAGUGCCCCGAGGGCUUCGACACGGCGGCCGCCACCAUCUGCUGCGGCUCCUGCGCGCUGCGCUACUGCUGCGCCGCCGCCGAGGCUCGCCUGGAGCAGGGCGGCUGCACCAACGACCGGGAACCCUCGGAGCCGGGAGUCACCGCCCAACCGAUCUACGUUCCAUUCCUCAUCGUUGGAUCAAUAUUUAUUGCCUUCAUUAUCGUGGGCUCUCUGGUAGCAGUUUAUUGUUGCACAUGUUUAAGACCUAAACAACCGUCACAGCCAAUGCGCUUUUCUCUGCGGAGCUAUCAGACCGAGACUCUCCCCAUGAUCUUGGCCUCCACAAGCUUCAGGACACCAUCCAGGCAGUCCAGUACGGCGACAAGUUCCAGUUCGACCGGCAGCUCCGUUCGCAGGUUCUCCUUCCCCCGGGCAGAGCCGGGGGGCCUUGCGGCGUCCUCACCUCCACCGUACACGUCUGGCUGCUUCCAGACUGCCCAUACAGUCCACCUGACCCAGCCAUCAGGAUUUCUGGUGUCUCCGCCGUACUUUGGGUAUCCUCUCCAGCCAGAGCCUGCCGUGGCUGGGAAGAGCUGCUCUGAUUUUACUCAGAGCUGAAAGAAGUUGGCAAGAAGUAAUGCAGCCUUUGCAACCACAGGGACUGCUGCUGUUGGGUGUCACACUGAUGUGCUCUGUGGCUGCAGAAGUCAGAACUGUUCCUGUGGGUGAGUUGCCCUUGAAAAGUGAGGGGUCUCACUUGAGAUUGCAUUUCCCAAACUUGGAUCGCACUUAAAAAGGAAUUGUAAAACACUCCAAACAGUUGCUCUAAAACUGGACUGCUCUGCCGAAUUUGUGCGGAGUAUGUUCAGAGACAAAUAAAAGAACCAUGUUGGGACAAAAGUACUCGGUGUUAUAAAUGACAUUUUACCCUAAUGCAGUUAACUAAGUUAACAAACAGUGGCACUGAUAAUAAUCAGACUAGUUCUAUAAAGCAGCAAUAAGCCUGAGAGGUAGAAGAGGAGCGAUACUUACUAAAGAGGAUCCUUGAAAACAUCUGACUGCUUACCACUUCCAUGAGCAAUGAAAGUAAGAGGAAGAAUUUCAUUUGAUAUCAAAAUGCAGAAGUUUUUUAAAAAUACACAUAAUCUACCUGAACUUACACUGCAUUUUUGUAUUAGUAAACUUUAACGAUGGUAGAUAAAACUAGUACUAAUUAGGCUAGUUGAAGAUCAGACAGCCCCACAUAACCAUUAUCACCAAUUACUUUGCCACAUAAAAUUCUAAAAAUAGCAUUCAGCUAAAGCAUUCUUCACAAGUAUUUAUUGUCAGCUUUUUGCUCAGCAAGUGUAAGUUGGACAAACUGAUCGUGAAGCUCUGUUUGUAAAAUUAGCCAUGUAUAAAAUGUAAAGAGAAGUUUGUAAUUUAAAAUGUAUUCACACCUUGACAUCACUAAUUAUUUAGUAGUAACAUGCAAAAA